UGGUUACACUAAGUCCUGUAAAUGAGGGGCAUUGCAACAUAUUUGUGGAAGGCGAGAGCAAUGUCUCAAGAUAGACAUCUAGCUCAGUAACGGAUCAAUGUCAUCCGGCAGCAGCAGCAGCAGCAGCAACGGCUCCUGCUGACAUCGGAAAUUGCAUCGGUUACGUGCGUUGAUACCUUGGUCAUACUCUGAAGCAGGCGGCUAAAGGCGAACAGGGCAGAAUAGACGCUACACAGCAAGGGGCUAAACGGUACCACUGGCUACCUCGACCCACAGACAGGAAGCAAGCCGACAGUGUGCAAAGAGUUUUAAGGAUAUACUGUUUAUAAUUUCGCCCUGCUGUCCUUUAAAAGCACAAUUGCGUCGCUGGAUGGUCACACUCCCUGCGUACGGAAGCACCAGCAGCAGAUACAAAAAACAUCAUCAUCAAGUGAAUGCAAAGAGGUCAGUGCUGCGGCGCGGACGGUCCGCUGCAGACUGAUAAAGCGAUUUGUUUGGAGAGACUGUGUUUCUCUCUGCAAGGUGUACCCAUCGAAGACGGGGCACGGCUAGACAGCUGGAUCGUUCCUGGGCAGGGUCCUCCGGCGGCUGCACGUUCUGCAUGCGGAAUCCGCAUCUCUGUGCGCGAGACCGAAAGGGGCAUGGGAUCCGCUGACAGUUGGCCACGCGCCGGAGAGUCUUAGUGUGCAAGACCUGCGGUGAGCAGCAGCUCUCUGCCGAGUCAUGCUGUGAAGUAAGCAAGCAGAGGAGUCCUACAGUAAGGAACUACCACUACAACACAAGGCGGUCGGUUGCCCGAAGAAUGAGGUUCCAGACAAUACAAAACACUUGCCCGUUCGGGACAGUGAGCGCCUAGUAAUAACGUUUGUAUUCAGACCCGCAGUUUGGUCACAGAGGAUUUUCUUGCCAUGGAUCAACGGAUGUAUAGUUAACUUAACAGAUACUAGUGACCUCGAUAGCAACCACCUGUCACGACGAUUUUUUUCAUUCAGCUAACUGCAGUAAAUAAUUACAUCUCCCCCCAAACAAAAACUAAUCUUGCACCUGUACGAGGUUGUAAGAACAUUUCCAUGCUUUUAUGUAAAGAUGUUUGGGAACAUCUUACUUUAAUGAUCAAGCUGAGAGAAGACACGAAUGGAAGCUUACAUCAGUGCAACAUAACAAUAACAAACCUGUCAACAAUACAGAGAAGUGCAUUCACUGAACUUCUUUCCUUCCCAUCUCUUUCAAAAUGAAGAGUAAACAGGACUGUUAGGUUGCAAAACAGUGGUGAUGGCGUUAAAAGAAAGAGGAAGAAACUGACUUUUACAUCAUGCAGUUUUGUUAGUUGCAUCUAGUAAGCACAGUGAGGAAGAACGACUGAAAGUUUUAUUGUGCAGAAGAAGUGCAUGUGUCCUAUCAAGCAGUGAUCAAACAUAAAUCACUAACACACACACACACGCACAAAAAAAACAAAAAUAAAAGACAGACAGCCAUCUUCUGUCCAGCAGGUGUACUUGUGAUAUAGCCCAUCUCCUGGUCUUUGCAUUUCACUGGUCUAGGUCACAAAAAAUUAGUGUGGACAACAUAGCUUUCUCUGGGUGGUGAAAAGCAGCAGUGACAGUUUGUAGACCAUGGCUGAGAAACUGCUACCCAGUAGCUUGUGUGUACCUGUCUCUACACAGGACUCAGGUACAUUGCUGCACACAGAAGGAGAGGGAGACGACUCGUCAGACAGUGAUGGAGAACAGGAGGGUGGCUCCCACAGGCUAAUUAGAAAAGUAUCUACAUCUGGGCAAAUCCGGAGCAAGAAAUGUGUUAAAGAGGGCCUGUUACUGAAACAAACAAGUUCCUUCCAGAGAUGGAAAAGGAGGUAUUUUAAGUUACGAUGUCGGACACUGUACUAUGCAAAAGAUGCAAAGUCACUGAUUUUUGAUGAAGUGGAUCUUUCCGAUGCAAGUGUAGCAGAGACAAGUAUCAAGAACAUUAACAACAGUUUCACGGUAAUUACACCAUUUAGGCGGCUAAUCCUGUGUGCGGAAAGCCGGAAGGAAAUGGAGGACUGGAUUACAUCUUUGAAGUCUGCCCAGAAGAGUGAGAACUAUGAGGCAAUCCAGUAUAACAUGGAACAUUUUUCUGGGAUUCACAACUGGUAUGCGUGUUCUCAUGCUCGACCCACCUUCUGCAAUGUGUGCCGUGAAGCACUGUCAGGUGUAACCUUUCAUGGCCUGUCCUGUGAAGUGUGCAAAUUCAAAGUCCACAAACGCUGUGCGGUGAGAGCCACCAACAAUUGCAAGUGGACCACACUGGCAUCUAUCGGGCAUGACGUCAUCGAAGAUGAGGAUGGGGUGGCCAUGCCUCACCAGUGGUUAGAAGGAAACUUACCUGUGGGUGCUAAGUGUGCUGUCUGUGACAAAGCGUGUGGAAGGGUACCACGCAGACUACAGGACUGGCGGUGCUUAUGGUGCAAGGCCAUUGUACAUAAUGGCUGUAAAGAACAGCUAGGAAAGAAAUGCCCUCUGGGACAGUGUAAGAUGUCAGUCAUUCCUCCUGCGGCAUUACACAGCAUUGAUUCAGAAGGUUUCUGGAAUGCCACCUGUCCUGCCUCUACCUGCAGUCCUCUCCUAGUUCUUGUCAACUCCAAGAGUGGCGAUAACCAGGGUGUAAAGUUCCUGCGCAAGUUCAAGCAGUUGCUUAACCCAGCACAAGUGUUUGAUUUGAUGAAUGGAGGGCCCCGCAUUGGAUUACAGCUCUUUCAAAAGUUUGUUGCUUUUCGGAUCUUGGUCUGUGGUGGUGAUGGGAGUGUUGCUUGGGCAUUAUCAGAAAUUGAUAAAUUGGGUCUUAACAAGCAGUGCCAACUGGGAGUGUUGCCUUUAGGAACUGGAAAUGAUCUUGCCCGAGUACUAGGUUGGGGAGGUGUCUGUGAUGAUGAUGCACAACUGCUUCAGAUCCUGGAAAAACUGGAAAGGGCCAGCACAAAGAUGCUUGACAGGUGGAGCAUUUUGACUUAUGAAGAACCCAAACAGCCCACUCCACUGAUUACUGACGAAGAAAAUGGAGACCCCAGCACAAUGGUUCAGAUAUCCCAGUAUGAAGACUCAGUAGCUGCCCACCUGACAACAAUCCUGGAAUCUGAUAAGCAUUUAGAAGUCAUCAAUUCUGCCAAGUUUCUUUGUGAAACAAUUAAUGAGUUUGUGGGUGAAGUUAGAAAAGCCCAUGAGAGAGCUACGGAAAACAAGGAAGAAGCAGAUGCCAUGGCAAAGAAGUGUGCCUUACUAAAUGAGAAGUUAGAUUCUUUAGUCAGUGCACUGAAUGAGGAUGCAAAUGCUAUCAUCGUACCUUCAGGCUUCUCACCAUCAGAAAUGGAAAAGUCUGACAGUAAUGAGGAAAAGGAAAAAAGGAACAUGAAGGAGCCCAGCAAAACCAACUCAGGAAGUAGCCCUGCUACUGUAGCACAGUGCUUCAGGUCAAAAGAACAACUCAUGCUACGGGCCAACAGUCUGAAAAAGGCAUUAAGGCAAAUCAUUCAGCAAGCUGAAAAGGUGGUGGAUGAACAAAAUCAACACACACAAGCAUAUCGCAAAUCGUCUUCAGCAUCAAUGAAAAAGGAUGCGUCUGAAGAGUGUAUCAGAGAUCCCAUCAAAACGGAAUUACGAAGAACUGAUGAACGAAGAGACACAAUGUCCUCAACAACCUCUUCCAUAUUACUGGAAAAGAGUGAAGGAUUCAGUUCGCACCAUUUUAUGGAUGAUCCCGAAGUUGUGCAAUUCUCUGAAAAAUGUGUUAUGAACAACUACUUUGGAAUUGGACUGGAUGCCAAAAUAUCACUGGAAUUUAACCACAGACGGGAUGAGCACCCCAAGAGAUACAGUAGUCGCACAAAGAACAUGAUGUGGUACGGUGUAUUUGGAACAAAAGAAUUGCUGCAGAGAACAUACAAGAACUUAGAACAAAGAAUACAUCUAGAAUGUGAUGGUGUUUCAGUUCCCCUACCCACUUUACAAGGUAUAGCUGUUCUGAACAUUCCCAGCUAUGCCGGUGGAAUAAAUUUUUGGGGUGGCACCAAGGAAGACAGUAACUUUGAUGCACCUUCCUUUGAUGAUAGAAAACUGGAGGUGGUCGCAGUAUUUGGCACUAUUCAAAUGGCUGUCUCCCGGGUCAUGAACCUGCAGUACCACCGAAUAAAACAGUGUCGGUCAGUAAAGAUCUCAAUUCUUGGAGAUGAAGGUGUUCCUGUCCAAGUGGAUGGAGAAGCAUGGAUUCAGCCUCCAGGAAUAAUCAAAAUUCAGCACAAGAAUAGAGCUCAGAUGUUAACCAGGGACAGGGCAUUUGAGACGACUUUAAAGUCUUGGGAGGAUAAGCGAAAGUGUGGCAACUACCCUGUGAGACCCCGCCUGAACUCUCAGCAGUCCAUGGAAUAUCUUACUGAAGAGGAGUAUAACCAGAUGUGGCAGUUCAGACUCACAAUAGAGGUUCUCACUGACAGGAUCCUUAAUGCUGUGAAAAGCCACAAGGAUAUCGAACAGGAGCUGUCCCAUGCAGUCAAUACCUGCACGCAGGUUCUUAAGGAAACAUUCGCCAACAGGUCCAGUAUUCCUGAGGCUAUGAGCAGAAAUGAAGCUGCAGAAGUAGCAAACAGUGUGAAAAUUCUGGCUACAGAAACAAAAGCACUGUUGGACAGUGCCUUGCAUGUCGACAAAACAGUAGAAGAGGAACUACAGUCAGCACUGACGAAUAUCAACAAUGAACUCCAGAAGUUGUCUGAGAUUCACUGGAUGGUAUACAUCACCACCGCAGCAGAUGAUGAGACAAGCAACAAGGGAAAUGUGAAGGGCAAAGUGCCAGCUAAACAAAAGGACAAAGAGAAACCGCAGAAACAGAAAUCGAGUGGCUCAUUGUCAGGACUUUUAGACAAUGGAGGUGAGCCAUGUGAAGCAGAUUGUACAGGUAAUUAAAGACACCUGUUCUCAUCACUGAACACAUAAUUUGAGAUCCAGUGUUCACAAGGGCACAAAGCUGUUCUAGAACAUCUACACUGCUGUACAAAAAAUUCUAGUACAGAUGCUUACAAGUGGCAUCUCCCUGCAGUAUGCAGUAAAGGAAUAUACAUUUAUCUCAGCAUGCUUCCAUAAGAUUCCUUUUAAUAGACAUUCAGAAUGUUCUAGGACAUAAUCGGUAAAUGUCCUGUCUUUUAGAAGAGUUUUUUCAUAGACUUCAAGAUUUUGUUUUUUACUGUGAUGACAGUGAAUUAAGGAAACCACUUAAUGUACCAUGAGGGCAAGAAUGUCCAAACAAACCAAUGGAUUCAGCCUUCCGUGGUACUGUAAUACAUCUCAAGUUUAAUAAUCAAUCACUGCGUUGAAAGAUUGAAUGAAAGUUAGCAACACGACAGAUACUACAGGAGUGAGAGUGAUACCAGUACCAUGAUACCGGUACCAAAGUGGUGAACAGAAUGGGUACAUUUUGGUAGACGAUGCUCUAGCAAUAUUGCACUUCAGUUCCAGGUAAAUGGUGAACACAUUCCUCCUUUUUGAGCCUAGCUAAACGACUUCCGCAAGGUUUAUUAAUGCUGCUGUUAACUGGUGUAGUAUUUGUCGUGUGCAGAUUAAGUACGGCCAUGCUGCUGCAGCAUGUACUGCGUGUGAUACCAUAUAAUUGUGUUUCUUCACAGAGCACUGAACCUCACAGCACUUGAGAGUGUAGCAGUGAUUAUGACUGUCUGACUCAGACAUAAUGGUUGCUUUAGAAGCUAGAUUCCACCAAGAGAUGAACAGGAUAUUCUGAAAGUGUUUUUCUCCCUGACAAAUGAACUGCACCCUUGUCUCAUGUAUGGUCCGUUGCUAUAUAUAAAUAUAAUGAAGCAAUACUGAAAGCACUUCAUUCAACAGCAACAUCAAACACAUGAUGACAGUUUGAAGCAAUUGUUAUGGUAAACAAUGGGGAAAAAAAACAUAACUGCCACAGAAAAAUGGGGACACAGAAUCAAAUGUUAAUAAAGGUCAUAAGAAGCCAAGAAACGCUGUGGCAUCCAUUCUGAAGUAUUGCUCUCACUUUUACAGACCUGAUGUAAUGAUACAUCAAAUAAGAUAUUAAUAAAGAAACAUUCUGAAGUGAUACAGAGCACAGAUGAUGUCGGCAUGUCAUCUGUCAGGUGACUAGAGUUAAUGCAGAACUGCGAAUAAGGUCUGAAUGGAGACGCUGCUGUCAGUGAAGCCAGACCGAGAAGCAGAAACAAAAACUUGUGGCAAAUGCCAACCUUGAAUGUCUUCAUGAAAACUAGUAAAAAAUAUCAGUGUGCACUGAAGGGACAUGCCAGACUUUAUUAAGUCAUUAAUUAUAUAAGCCAGUGGAAAAGGCAUGAUUUCUUUGAACUGUGUGGACAUUUCAAGUAACUGAAAUGUGAGUAUUGUAUCAGUUUUUGGAAUCACACAGGCACAGGAAUAAAGAAGAGUCAGUCUGCUAUUCCUUUGUUAUAUUGCUUUCCAAGCCAAAUGCAAUGGCCUGCCAGAGGUAUUUAUGGCAAACAGCAAAUUCACAGAAGAAGGACGUAGGUCUCAUUUCAUAUUAUCAUAUUACAGGCCAGAAGCAGAAUUCUGUAUUGUAAGCUAUGCACUAACAGAGGUAUGGCAGAGGGGAAGGGACAAUGCAAUCAGUCCCCUCAGCUGAGCUGGCCUUCUUUCUUCCUGUGUGUGUGUGUGUGUGUGUGUGUGUGUGUGUGUGUGUGUGUGUGUGUAUGUGUGUGUUUAUGUUGUAUGUCUCUUGUAUUCAAAGCUACAUAUUAGUGCAAUCCUCUUGGAACUUAAACCCAAAACUAUUUGCAGACCAACAUACUGGCUAGGAAGAAUAUUCAGCAUUUCUUUCUCCCUUUUUUUUUUUUUUUGCCAAGAGCUAAAAUUGUUAGGAUGUUAAUAUGCAGGUGCAGUGCACCCUUAUCACCAUGUCCACGUCACUAUUCUGUGACCUCACAUCCCCUAAUCAGACCACAGCAAACUACACCACUUGUUUGUGUUUCUCCUUCCGUGGUAAUGAUAAAUUCUUUGCAAAAGUUACAGGUAAUACUAUACAAAACUUUCAGGAGUAAUGGUAGAGAAACAAGUCUGCUGUCCUUCCCAGUUCAAUAUUUCUGUCAGAUUAUUGUAGUCAUAUGUUGUGUCUUGAAAAAGAUUUAUACUAUAAAUGAGCAUGUUUAAAAUAUACCUCUGUGUUAUAUGACACCAGAUUUCACAUUAGCUUGUAGUUCAGUACUUCUGUGAGAGAUUCAGCUGCGCAGUAAGCCUGCAGGGAAUGAUGCUCCUACAACAGACACUGUGUAUCCCUAAUAGAUAUUACCUGUGAACCUAAGAACCUGUGAAUCUAUUCUAUAAUAUGUUGCAGUUCAGAUUUUGGCUAUUAUCCAGUACAAUUAGAUUUCUAUUUCCAAAAUGGGAUGCUCAUUUAAAGUAUUUAUUUAAUAGGCUAUCAGUCUACAGGUUAUUACAAGCCCAACCAAUAACUAGAGGUAAGAAUCAAACCCUGUGCCAUGUAUAUAUGAGUUAAAGACCUUAACAGUUAUGGAACCCCACCCACUCACUAGGCCAUUUAUAGAUAUGAAAGAAAUGUGGACAUUAAGAAAGUUCUUCUGGGCUUCCCAAUUGGUUAUGGGUUCCUAGAUAAACAUGUCACAUGGUAUUACUGUAACCCAUUGCAACAGUGGCUUUAAUGUGGCACUAAAGUAAGGAAAUUAUGAGGAGACAAUUUAGCAUGUUAGUUACAACAGUUUACUAUUUGAAUAACCACAUAAUCCACACAUAUAAACAUUUACUGUGGCAGAUGCCAUAUAAGUGUUGCAGUAUGCAGUAUUUCAGUAGCAUGCUAUGUAUAAAUGCACUGCAUGUCACACUAGAGUACUUAAAAUUGUGGCCUGUCUCAGUACUUCACUGGCACUUUUAUGUGCACUAUGCAUCACAGUAUAGUUCAGUGACAUGCUAGAUUACUUAUGUGCAUGUGUGUGUGUGUGUGUCACAAUGUUUCAGUGGCAUCCUAGAUAACUUAAGUGUGUGCUGUGUGUCACUGUGCUUCAGUGAUACACUAGAUUGUUUAUGUGUGUGCUGUAUGUAACAGUGCUUCACUGACAGACUAGAACACUUAUAUUUGGGGCUGUGUGUCACAGUGCUUCAAUGACACACUGAAUCAUGUGCGUGCUGUGUGCCACAGUGCUUCAGUGACACCCUAGAUCACUUAUGCGUGUGCUGUGUUUCACAGUACUUCAGUGACAUCCUAGAUAACUUAUGUGUGUGCUGUGUGCCACAGUGCUUCAGUGAGACACUAAAUUACUUGUGCGUGUGCUGUGUGUCACAGUUCUUCAGUGACACACUAGAUCACUUAGUGUAUGCUGUGGGUCACAGUGUUUCAGUGACAGACUAGAUCACUUAUGUUUGUGUGCUGUGUCACAGUGCUUCAGUGACACAUUAGAUCACUAAGUGCCUGCUGUGUGUUACAGUGCUUCAGUGAUAGACUAGAUCACUUAUGUUUCUCUGGUGUGUCACAGUGCUUCAGUGGCACACUGAAUUGUGUGUGCUGUGUGUCACAGUACUUCAAUGACACCCGAGAUAACUUAUGUAAGUGCUGUGUGUCAUACUGCUUCAGUGAGACACUAGAUUACUUAUGUGUGUGCUGUGUCACAGUUCUUCAGUGACACACUAGAUCACUCAGCGUAUGCUCUGUGUCACAGUCCUAGAGUGACAUACUAGAUCACAUAUGCCUGUGUGCUGUCUCACAUUGUUUCAGUGACACACUGAAUUGUGUGUGCUGUGUGCCAUAGUGCUUCAGUGACACAAUAGAUCACUUUUGUAAGUGCUUUGUGUCACAGUGUUUCAGUGACACAGUAGAUCACUUAUGUUUGUGCUAUGUGUGACAGUGUUAUAGAGGAAUAUUUGGUCAGCUCUAGGUAGCUGUGAUAGGAUACUUGUAUUGGACUGAAACACUCUGGCUGUUGAAAAUAACUUACAGGAAGCUGUGCUAUAGUGCCUACUUAUGUGGACUUCUUUUUGUAGUUUUUUUUUUUUGCUUUUAAGAUGUGAUGCCAUUAACAAUACCAUAAACUGUGGACAAAGCAUACAAUUGGAUUUGGAAAUAUUAUAAAUAAGAAAAUUUCAAAAGAUGUGGUCCCAAUCAGUGCCACUUGAUUUUUUAAAGGCCCUCCAUUUCUUUAUUAAAUGAAUCAGCUGAGAACACAGUAAAAUAUAAAUCUCAACAUUUAGGACUGAAUCCUGCUAAAAGUGAUUUGCGUGCCAUAAGAAUAAGAACAAGUUACACAAGGUCUUUGUUUGUUUCUGUUUAAUAUUAAACUGGCUUUAUUCACCCCUGAACCAUUGGUUUCAUUCAUUUACUUCCUCCCAAAUGUUGCAGUAAUCCUGUAUGCUGAUUACUACCUUGUUCUUUCUCUAAGCAACCCCUAGGAUGUUUUUCUUACAUUGUGCCUACCUGUAUUAGUUUUCAUUUCACUUCAUAAUGCAGGACACUUUGGCUUCUGCACCAUCUUCCAUUGCAGCCCAUUGGUGUCCUGUAAAUUAUGAAUAUACAGUGUUCAUUUCUUUCCCUGAUUUAUAGUAUUAGCCACAGGGAUGUUUCAUUGUCUCUGAAAUCUUAGUGGAGUACUGUUAAAUGUUUUUCUCAGUUAGCUCUCUAAUGGUUCAUGGUUCAUCUCUACAAGGACCUGUUUUCCAGACAAGCUGAUGAAAAAAAAAAUCUGUCUGAAGUAAAUACAAUUGUUAGCUUUCUUCUUGCUACGUCAACAUGUGUUUGAUGCUUUUCACUCUGCUUUUUGAAUCAUAUUCUACUGGAAUUUGAUGUUACAGCAACUAUCAUUCCAACGUCUAUUUCAAAGCAUAUGUACCUACUGUAACUUCCCCCAACAUGAUAAUAUAUAAUAGCAGUGUUUGUAUUCAUUUCUGCCAAAAGACACCAAAUGCCUUUUUGUUGCUGCCAUGUUUUCUCCAUCUUACACUGCUACAUCAUAUAAUAGGGUAAUAAUGCCUCACUUUUGUGGGAUAAACUUGGCCAGAUAAGUAAUUAUAACAUCCAAAAAAUGUUCAGUUGUCUUUUUCCAUUUAAGCAAAUAUAUUAUUUGAACACCUUCAGGUUAUAGUUCUUGUUUUAGCCCACUGUUCAUUAAUACACAUCCAAAAUAUUUUCAUAAGCUUUUCUUCAACAUUUUCUCAUUUCAGUUUUGUUCUCUCAUUUAUGUUUAUGUAUUACUCUCCCAUACCAACACAACACCUAGGGAAGUUUUUAUUCCUUCCAGCCUACAGCUGUGACAUACUUCAGGUGCAGGGUUCCAGCCCACAGCUGUGACAUACUUCAGGUGCAGGGUUCCAGCCUACAGCUGUGACAUACUUCAGGUGCAGGGUUCCAGCCCACAGCUGUGACAUACUUCAGAUACAGGGUUCCAGCCUACAGCUGUGACAUACUUCAGGUGCAGGGUUCCAGCCUACAGCUGUGACAUACUUCAGGUGCAGGAUUCCAGCCUACAGCUGUGACAUACUUCAGGUGCAGGGUUCCAGCCUACAGCUGUGACAUACUUCUGAUACAGGGUUCCAGCCUACAGCUGACACAUACUUCAGGUGCAGGGUUCUAGACUACUGCGUUGACACAUUUUAGCUGCAGAGUUCAUACUUCAGGUGCAGAUUCCAGACUACUUAGGCUAUUAGUGUCGUUCCAGUGGACACCCAAUGUGGUAUUUGUACUACUAUGGGAAAUUUGGCCUAGGCAUCAGGGAGCUUCCCUUACUGUUUUUGAAAGGUGUUGUGGGAUCUUUUACAUCCACCUGGGCUACCACCAGCCCAAGCACAUGGGACCUCAGUUUAACAUCUCAUCCAAAGGCCAACAUACUCAGGAGUGCAGCACCCCCAUUUUGCUGCACUGCAGUGUCAGCAACCAAUCUACCCAGUAUGGGACUAGAACCCACAGUCCUACACAAAAGGCGAGUAUGCUACCUGUUGCAGCACUAACUUUCCUCUGUUCAUUUUAAAACAGCUCUAGAUUAAAAAAUCUUUCUUUUCACCCCACGCUUGUUAGGUGCUUUCUUCUUACCACAAAAUAAUUAUUUUAUGUUUCCCAAAUUCUAGCUACAAUCAUCACGCAAAAAUUAAAGGGGGUGUUUAGCAUGCAAAGUUUUUACAAUAUUCUAAUGUAUGCUUGAUUAGUGUGUCAGAAGGAUAUUUUAUGCCUAGAUGUGUCUUUUUUCUUUUAUAACAGAGGAUUCAUUACAAAGUUUGAUGUAGCCAUGUGGCUAAGCAUAAUAAAACUGCCUUAAAAAGAUUUAUUAACCUGCUGAAGCUGUCAACUUUACCACAGUGUUUGAUUAGACAGAGUUAUCUAUUUUCAAACAUAAAAGUAAGCGAAGUAAGUUAAACAUAGUACAAACUGACUAGAGAUAUUUGCAUGUUUAAAAAUACAUCUUCCAAGAUGUAACCAUGCAUUGCAAUAUGGUGUGAAAGAAGAUGACCACUUAAGGAAAAAUAUUUUGGACUUUGCUGUUCCCCUUUACCAAAUUAUAUGACUGCAUACUUUGAAAAGUCUCUGUAAAUCACAUAUGGGCAAAAAAAGAGGAUUUAUGCAGAGUACUUUUAAAGUAAAGGUUGCCUUGGCAUGCCUGUUUGCGUAUAUUCAGUUUCUAUGUCACUAUUUUUCACAACUGUUGACAAUGGCAAGAUGAAGCAUCUCAGUUAAAUGUCUCUAAACAAGAAAGUUAACGUGCAGUUGUCAGGAUGCACCUUUUUUUCUUCUUCAUAUGAGGGUGUAAGCCAAAAAUCAUAACUAGCAAUCAGAAGAGUUUAUUAUGACUCAGGUUAACACAAAUUAAGUAAUGUUCUAAGUGAAGGCAUUGCACAUUCUGCCCUGCCAUCCAAUUUUUCAUCUAGAGAUGCCCUUAAAGUGGCACAGGAUUACAAUCAUGUCAGCCCAGGGGACUUGUGACCCCUUAUUAUCCAUACACCUCCACACACAAUUUUGCUUCAUAAGCAGCAGUGGCUAUGUUGUACAACAAUGGUAGCUAACAAGAUGCAGCUAAACUCUGAGGUUUGGUUCCUGCCCAAACACUCCAUGCAUGUCCUGUCCGGGAGCAGUUUUUCAUGCAGGCAUUCAGCAGUAGAGGUUAAUACAAUGCCCUCCCAGGGUCAGGUGAGACAGGCUGUCCAGUCUUUACCCCUCAUCUUGCUGUCAGACACAUCUGUAUCUUCUUCAGAAAAUGGAUAUUUAUAAUACCAGCAACCUCAUCUAGUGCCUAAGGAUUAUCUGCUUUAGGCCUAGGACAAGGACACUUUCUUUGUAAUAUCUGCCCGCUUUGUUUAGAAUGCAAAUGACAUCUUUAUGAUGUCCAUCCAUUUUCAAAAAACAUGCUUCCAAUUUCAUAGGAUUUAAAGGAUCACAGGAAUUGCAAAGUAACUGAGUCUCACAACCAUUUAUACUUUGCCAGUACCCACUCUCAGGCAGUAAACCCUUUCUCCAAGAAGACAGCCAGUCAAUCCUAAAGUAAAUUUGUAAGUACCCAUCCAGUCAUCUAGGUAUUGUCUGAAGAAUGAUACUGUAUCAUACCGCUUAAUCUGCAGGGACAGUCUGUUCCGGGGGGGAGGGGGGCAAGGGAUGAUAAAUAUGUCUCUCCAUUAAGUUUGAUUUAUCUGUGAAGAUUUAGUUCCCUAACUCUGCUAUUUGUGAAACUAUCAGAUUUGCCAUGAUACAACAGGUCCUGGACAACUGGCUUUCUAAUGGUGUAGAAGAUGAGGUGUAGAUCUUCCCUCAGGAAU